GCAAGAUCAUAAAGUAAGUCCCACAGUAUGCGCCAGCAGCAAAGACGACAUGAUGCUGUUACUGCUUGGUGUUCUGCUGCAACUGGUGGUGGCAACGUGGGCACAACAUGAUUAUUAUUACUCACAUCAUGACUACUCAGAUGAUGGUUGGGUUAAUCUUUUCAGGCAAGGAUUCAAUUUCCAGUGCCCACCGGGACAAGUUAUAGUUGCAAUAAGGAGCACAUUUAGCAAAAAAGAAGGAUCUGAUAGACAAUGGAACUAUGGAUGUAUGCCAACACCUUUUGAGUUUGGGGAACCUACAGAAUGCUGGUGGGAAGACAUCAACAGAGCUGGAAUGGAAUGGUAUCAGACCUGUUCUAACAAUGGCUUGGUGGCAGGAAUUCAGAGUCAGUACUUUGAAUCAGUACUGGACAGGGAAUGGCAAUUUUACUGCUGCCGUUACAGUAAAAGAUGCUCGUAUGCCUGCUGGUUGACACAAGACUAUCCUGCACAUUAUAAGGAAGAGGUGGACAUGGUUCUGUAUUCUCAUGGCUACUACAUCAGAGGGGCAACCACAACCUUUUCUGGAGUGGAGAGGGAUCGUCAGUGGAAGUAUAUUGUUUGCAGACUGACGGAUUUUGACUGUGAAUUUGAAAACUUCUAGAAGAAUGGCAAAAUCAAAACAUAAGCACUGAAGCCUUCGAAUUUCAGCACCUACUUGACUGAAUGAUUCUCUAACACAUGUAAAUCUGGGUUUUGAAUAAAUGUACCAGGGCAGUUAUGCAUGCAAGUGUCAUUGUCUGUGCACCUGAUUAAUCCAAACUGUUGUGACAAGAACAAUGCUGGCUAAAAUGGUACCCACAAGAUGGUUCACUUUAAUUUAUACAUUGCCUUGACAUUCACUAUAAACUUUCACAGAGAAGGAUGAAUAAUUCAUGUAAGUUCUUGCCUCUUAUUGAAGUUUGUCAUGCAAUAUCCCCUUGAUAGUCAUGGGUAUGUGCAGUCUAGAACCAGUUUUGGAA